UUAUAUAAUUUAUUAUAUUCAUAUCAUCGACACACACCACAAACGAACGCAAGUAACAAACCAGAGAAGAGAAAACGAAGAACCAAACAAUGGAAAACCAAUCCACAACCCCAUCAUCGAUGCAGUUCCUCCUCCUCGAACAGGUUCAAUUCUUGAAGGUGAACGACGAUUCUCUGUUUCAGUGGGAACUCGUCGACGUUGUUGAAGCCGAGGAAGAAGAUGAACAAGAAGAAAGAAGAGACGAUGGGUUCGAUUCUUGGGGUUCUUCUCCCAACGAUGCCCCAAUUGAAGGAAUUCGCCAUCUGCUUCUUCAUCGCGAUGUGGGUGUGGAAGAUCAAGAUCACCACCCCCGCUAUCACCGUGAGGACGUAGAUGACGGUGAUGCAGAUGGGUAUGGUGAUGACGAUGGUGAUGGUGAUGGUGAUGAUGAGGAUGACGAUGAUGAUGGGUAUGGUUUGGAUGAUGAACUUGUUCCGUGGAAUGUGAGCGACAAGUUCGAGAGGCAGAGGAUGAGGAAGUUAGGGAAAAGGGCAUUUUCGAAAAUGCACAAUUCGAAGAGGUGUCCUUAUCUUUUUGUGAGGCCAGGAUGUGUUCGUGGCAAGCAUGGUUUAGGCCUUAAGCAUAGUUACUGAUUCCUAAUUGAUUGGACCCUCUUUAAGAAUUGGAUUAGUUACUUAGUUAGUUAGUUAGUUAGUUUAACUGUUAGAUUUCGUUGAUCUUGAUUGAGAUUUGUAUUUGGAAAUCUGUUAGCAAGAUCAUUAGGACAUGUAAUGAUUGAUGUCUUUCUUUUAUGUGGAUACCGUGUUUUAAUUCUGAAUGUAUAUUUCAAUGGAAAAAUUGGUUUGCUUUUGUAUAUGUUAUGCUGAUUUUAUGUUUUUGGUGGGUAAAUUACAUUGGUUCUUGUGAAGGCAAAUGGUUCGGAUUUGAUUCUGGUAACCCAAAAUUGGGAUCAAAGAUUAAGGAUGUUGAAUUGAAAUCCAUUCUGCAGAGAAAACACCUUGUUUUUUGAAGGAGAAUGAAGCAGGACUAUGAAUUUGAUUUUCAAUUAUUGUGGCUGAAAAAUCGCUUUUAACCUAUUUCUUGUUUUUGUUGAAGCGGAUUUCAUUACAAAACUGUUCCCCUCUUUUGAACUAAACAAUCCGUUAGAUGGGAACUAUCAAUUUAACAUCGGCUUCUCCCCCAGUUAUGUAGUGUCAAGAUACAUCUACACGAGUUUGGAGAGACAG